GGAGGAGGAAGUGGCGGAGCUGCAUGUAGUGUCAGAUCUCCGGGAGGGAGAGACGGAGACCCCGGGAGAACCGCCUCCGUACCGUGCAGAUCCUCAAGACAAUCUCUUCCUCGCUGCACGCACUGGAGAUGAUGGACUGCCUGUCAGAGGAGGAGGAAGACUUCAUGGCUGGAGGAGAUUUGGGAGAGGGCUUUGGGAGAAAGCCUGGUGGACUCUACGAGGGUCUUGACGUGACAAAAGGAUUGAAAUUGAGAAAAGGAUCAAGUUCUCAUCAUUACCACCUUAUUAAGAAGGGAGACGAUGAUUGUAACACAGGUCAUCACAUUGUAAAACGGAGCAUUUCCGAGGAAAGGGAGACCGUGAGGCCUGCCAAAGAGGGCUACACACGGUGCCGACAGAACAGCAUGGAUGCGAGCUCUGAAAUCUCUAAUGAAGAUCUGAGGCAACGUCUCCAAGACUUAACUGAGGAAGUGGACCUUCUAAGAGUGGAGCUUGAAGCUUCCCAAAGACAGCUUGAUGGGAAGGAUGAAGCGUUGAGGAUAUUACAAAACAUGGCUGUGUUUGAUAAAGCCACAAGUCAUACUAAGGUCGUGCUUCAGAAAGCAGAAGAUCAGUGCAGAGUCCUAGAAAAGGAGAUAAAUGUUCUGCAGUGGGAAAUUGAAUUUGAUCAGGUGAGGCUGAAGAACCUGGAGGAAUCCUGGAAAGAGAAAUAUGAACGUGUACAGUGUGAAAAUGCAGCCCUGAAGGAAAGUCUAGAGCUACGGACAAAUGAAGUGAAGACCCUGAAGUCAGAAAACACGAUUAUAAACCAGCAGUGCCAGGAGCUGUUAGCAAUGCUUGAUGUGAAACAACAGAAAAUGUUCCAGGAUAAUGUGUCUUUUGAUAAAAACAAUCUAUCGGAAAUCACAGCACUUGAACUUGCAGUGCUUGGCGCCUGUACAUGUUGUUGUCCUGGAGGAGAGCCCUGCUCAUGUGCUAAGAUGUCAGCUGCUACUCGCAAACAGCUCCUUCAGCUCCGGCAAGAGUUUGAGGUGGAGAAGAAGGAUAAGGAAGAAGCCUAUAUAAUGGCUGAUGCCUUUCGCAUUGCCUUUGAGCAGCAACUAAAGCGCAGGAAUGAUGCGACUCUGCCUCUGAGUGAAAUUGAGAAACUCUGCAAGAAAGGGAGCAAAAGACUAAACAGCUGGAGGCGUCUUAAAGUGGAUGAAAACUCAAUUUCAAGGGAUAAAGGCAGAAGUUUAGGUCAGAAGUUAAAGGGCAUGUUGGGAUCAGCAGCUGACAGUAUGAAUCUGGACAGUGUGGAUGACCCACAAGAAAUUCUCAGGCUAUUAAUUGACCUGCUUAAUGAUAAAGAGGAGGCUUUAGCCCAUCAGAGAAAAGUAAGCUACAUGCUCGCAAGAUCUAUAGAAGGCAAAGUAGAUCCAGCAAUAUCCCAUGGUAACUCUAAGAAAGAACUUACUGGGCCUGACGAUGAGCACGACUGCCAGGGUGUAGGAGUAAUAGUAGAUCCAUGCCACUGCCUGACAGACAAUGCACCACGAGGGAGAGGUAGUGAAGAACAGAGUACAGUCGGGAGUCUGGAAACCUCAUUUUCUCUGCUGCUAAAAGAUGUUUGCCUUCAACAAAACUUCACUGAAGAGACCGUCAUAAACCAGGAGACCAUUUCUGAAGUUUCCACACAUCCUCAGUCUAUAAAUGAUGAUUGUUAAUAUUGUGAAUGGAUCAUUUUAUUGUUAAAAUGUUGAGUUGCUUGAUGGACUUUAUAUGUCCUUAAAGUGUAACUGUCGUUUCAUUUUUUAUACCCUAAUGGUAUAGUACACCCUGCUGUAUAAAUGCUUUGUGCUUUAUAAUUUAAUCUUUUUCAGUUUCUCCUCAUAAUAAGGGCUCAUGCACAUGACCGUGUGCUGGCUGGGCCCAUGCUUGCGGUCCGAAAUGCACGGCCACCAACCGUGGGGCAGCCACAUGCGAAUCGCGGACCCA